AUGUCCUCCAACGUCGGCCUCUCCACCCCCCGAGGCAGCGGCACCUCCGGCUACGUACAACGCAACUUCGCAUUCAUGAAGCCCCGCAACGCCGGGUACGGCGCGCCCUACCCACCCGUCAGCGGCGCGAACUCCUCCUCCGAUCACCCGUUAGACAAGCCCUUCAAGCAGCGCCAACCCGACAAGCAGAUCCUGGAACAUGAUCGGCGGCGCGCAAUCGAAGUGAAGGUUAUGGAGGAAAGGGAGAGGUUGGAGGAGGAGAAUGAGAGGAUUGAGGAGGAGAUGGGGCAGAAAUCGAAGAAGAAGAAGGGAUCCAAGAAGGAGGAGGAUGAGGUGAAGAAGGAGGAGGGUGAAGAGGAUGAGGAUGAGGAGGGUGAAGAGAAGGUGUUGACGGAGGAGGAGAUUGAUGAGAGGUGUGAGGCGUUGAGGAAGAGGUUGGUUAGGGAGAUGGAGGAAGAGGAAAAGGAGAGGGAACGUGGAAAUGGAGGAGGGAAUGGUGGUGGUGGUGCAGGGAGACGCGGUCGUAGGGCGUGGGAUUUGCCGCCUAAGGAGAGACGCCAGUUUAAGAGUUAUCAGGUGCAUGAGUUGGCGGAGGCGAAGAUUGAGGAGAGUGAGAGGUUGAGGAGGGCGUUGGGGAUUAAGGAGGAGAAAUAG